AUGGAAAUAUUUGGCCAACGUUUAGAAAAAGAAUAUGGAGAAUUGGCUGUCUUUACUUCCCCAACAGUUGAAUACUUGGCAGAUAUUGUUAAUAAUGAAUCAAUUAGACAAAAACGUUAUGGAGGGAAAGAGCAAAUUGUUAUUUCAAAACCUUCAUCUUUUCCUAGCUGUCCAACAGAUAUUGUUUGUUAUCACGAGCCAGUAUCUCUAGUUUCAAUCGUUACUCCAGCCGAAUAUUUUCAAUUAAUUAAUUCUUUAUGUGAAAAUGCCAGAGGAGAAAAUAUAGAGACAAUGUAUAUUGACGAAACAAAAAUGUUACUUAAAUGGAGACUAACAAGUGGUUAUGCUUCUUUUGAUAUGAAAGAUGAUGGUUAUAGAGAAUGUAAAUUAGAGAAGAUUUGUAUUUAUUUAAAUGACAAACAAAUAGAAGAAUUAUCGUUAAUCUGUCCAAGUGUAAUUGCAAGAAAACGGGCUAAUCAAAUGAUUAAUAAAUUAAAAAAUGAAAUUCCUUCUCAACAAAUCGAAGUUACAAUAAGGGCUUCUUUUGGCACUUCGAGAAAAGCUGUGGCACAAGCAAUUAUUAAACCAAUGAAAAAAGAUUUUGCUGGAGUUUUGAAGGGCAAUUUUGUGGCUGAUCGUCUUGGGAAAAAAUUAAAACAUCAAAGGGAAGGAAAAGAAAGAAUGAAAAAUGUGGGAAAUGUUAGAAUACCACAUCAAGCUUUUCUUAAUGUUUUGAGAAAAUAA